AAAAAGAAGAGUUUAGAGUGGCAUUACAUGUAUAUAUCUUGCUCUAAGCAUAUAUUGCUUGAGUUAUACUACUAUUCUUCUACUACUACAUUACUACUACUAUUUCUAUUACUACACUACGCCUACACGCUAUAUAUAUAAUUUAUAUAUAUAUAUAUAUUUAUAUAUAUAUAUAUAUAUAUAUAUAUAUAUAUACGUGUUAUCUUUCGAAAAGCUACUAUUACAACGUAUAUAUGCGUUGAUUCUAUCGUCAGAAAAAAAAAGAGAGAAAGACAAUAGAGUUACAGGAUAGGGAAGGCAAAAUAUAUAUAUAUAUAUAUAAGGUAGACAGAGAGAGUGAGAGAGAGAGAGAGAGAGAGAGAAAAGAUAUGUAAAAGUGAAAGAGAAGUCGAAACGAACGACCUCGAUAUCUCGCGGACGAACAAGGCGAAUCGUAAAGCGGAAAGGCGGCUGUGCUGUCCGGAAUUCCGAGAUUAACGUUUACAAUGGAGCACGAACCUCACAAGGCACAGAAAGAGAGAGAGAGAGAGAGAGAGAGAGAGAAAGAGAGAGAGAAAUAGGGAGAGAGAUAGGGAGAUAAAGUGAUAGAGAGAAAAACAGAGAGAAAGAGAGUGAGAGAGAGAGGGAGGGAGACUGAAGAACUGGAUCCGUUUGUUCCUUCGGAAAAACGUUCAUUGAAAACAUCGUUGAUCUUUAGAUCAAAUUUCAAUAGGGAACAAACUGUUGUGGUGUACAACAUAAACGAAUCGAUUGGAUACAAUUUCUUGUUUGAUUUCUAUAUAUAUAUAUAUAUAUAUACAUAUAUACAUAUAUAUCGAAUAUAUCGACGAAAAGCAUCAUAAAUACUCAAUUCAAUGUCGGCCAUCAUCGAUGCCUGUGGAAACGACACUGGAUCACCUUCCAUGUCAAAAACGGAAGAUAAUUUAUCGAAUAGUGAUGGACCGUUGAUUAGAAAAAGCGUUCAUCAAAAUAGUAACAGCAGUCUUCGUAUAAGCUCCGAAAACGUUAAUGGAACGACAAUCGUCACCUCUCGUGGAUCAACACCGAUCGGUGAGAAAUCAACGAGGAAACGUUACUGCCUCUGGACGUUAACAUUUUUCUUAGCAAUAAUCGGCCUCUGUAAUCUAUUCUUAAGUAUCACGAUUAUCGCGGUAUUAAGAAUAAGUCAAGGUAUGGAGUCAAUGGAAAUGAUACCCGAAGAAAAUCUUGUGAAAUUUUAUGGUCGUACUGAUUUGGACAGAAUUUGUUUGCAAUCCGGUGUAUGCCAAAGUUAUGGUGACGAGCCAAUGGAGAUAUCAUCCGACGAUGCUGGUAUUAGAAUCGACGUGAACGAUAAAUUAAAUCCUGAAACAUCGCAACGUUCGCAAGUUGAAAUACUUCCAAAUGGUACGAGGAUUUCUCAAGUUCGUUCGUUCGAAAUUAAAGAUUUUCGUACCGGUGCUAUAUACUUUACCACAGACUAUCCAAAAUUUGGUCUUCCAAGUGGUGUUGAUAGAAUAGAUGUCAAAAUAGCACAGACCCAUAGAAUUACAUCGCCUGUUAACGAAAGCCUUGGGAUCAAUUCGGACGAUCGAAUUUCAUUGCACGGUGCCGAAGGGAUCAAAAUGGAAAGCAAAGAUAUUUUUUGGAAUGCAAGUAACGAUGUACUUCUUAAAAGUCUUAACGGGAGUAUCAUAUUUGAUAUGAAAAACGGUGUUAUCAUUGAUAUUAAUAAUAUACCUGUUGUACCGAUGUUCAUACAAAAUCCUACUGAUCAAGAACAAUUUAAAGUAUGCAUUUGCAUGCCCCAAGGUAAACUCUUUAAGGUUCCUGUACGUGCCGGGACCAAUCUAAGAUCUGCCAAUUGUGCUCGAAUCAGUAGAACUCCGGAAAAUGAUCCCUGUUUACGAUAAGAACUUUUAUAUACAUAUAUAUAUGUAUAUAUAUAUAUAUAUAUAUAUAUAUAUAUAUAUAUAUAUAUAUAUAUAAUUUAUAGCCUUUAGAUGCUUUAUUCAAUAACGGGUUAUGCUCGGAAAACCACAAAGAGAAAAACAAAUAAGAUCAUAUCAUAUUUCUAAGAUGUUCUAUAUCAAUAUAUCUUGGAAAAUUUCAUAUCCUUUUAGCUAAAUUAAUCAAAUCAUAAUAAUUAAUUAUUAAUCGACAAAAGAGAAUAACGAUACGACGAUCUUGAAAUUUUCGUGUCGCUGUUACAUAUCAAAAAAAAAAAAAAAAAUAAAAAUAAAAAAAUAAAAAAAAAA